GACCGCUAGUUAUGCAAGACAGCGCCCGAGUGCAACUUCCACGGACUGCGCAACCGGACAGGUUCGCUGGCAAGCAGCUGCCUCCCACUCCGGACAGCCCAGGGCGCUUCCCCGGCCAACGCGCGCAGCAGGGCGGCCCUUCAGCCCCCGCGGAGCACAGGCGCAGCAGCCAGUCCGGGCUCCUUUCCCAGCGACGCGUUUGCGCCCCCUUCGCCUCGCCAAGGGCGCCCACCCGCGGCAAAGCUGCCGGUGGAGACUACUGGAGACUGCUGCCUCCUGGUACAUAUGUUGUCAGUGCUCAAGCUCGCGGUUACAGUAAAGUCCUGAAGAAAGUGACUUUGCCUGCCAAGAUGACCAAGGCUGGACGGGUAGACUUUGUCUUGCGACCCCUCCUUGGUAAGCCCUCCCGAACUGGCCAUGGGGCCGUGGGCACAGCAUAUGAGCAUUAUGACCCACUGGAACACUUUGACCCUCAUGCUCAACAUGCCCAACCAGAACCAAGAGAUGAUGGAGGGCAGUCUGUGCAGCCGAGAGAAAAACCUUGGUGGUGGUCUUACUUCAGCUCUCUAGAUCAACAUAAACCUUUGUGGCUCCUUAAACAUCACUAAACUGUUCAUCUGAGCACACUAGCAGUAAAUUGCAUUUCCAGCUCUACCUUUGAUGAUAACAGAAGUGUUUGAAUCUGAUUCCAUUGUGAAUAUAAAAUUGCCUUGCUUUCCCCCUCCCUGCAUUUUCUUUAUUUCAAAAUACAAAGAAAAUAUUAAAAUUAGUAUGCUCUUAAAGCUGGAUGUAGCAGUUAAUAUUCCCUAGUACUGUACUUCCCUUGUGCCAUUGUUGUUAAUCAUCAGAUUUAUUAUUUAUUAGGACUCUAAAGUACCUGAAGAGAAAUCUUUCUGAUCCUUUAAUGCAUUUUCAUACAUGUCUUAACACAUUCAUUACUGCAAGUGAAAACACCCUUUAGGAAAAACUGGAAAAGCCUUUUCUUCUAUACACAUUACUUCUACUUAACUUGGUACAUUAAUUUCCCCAUCUGAAAUGGUUUCUUAAAAAAUAUUACUUAAUGUCUACAUUGGUUUUCAUGUAGGCUUUUGAAAAGUAUGAAAGAAGAGGUCCUCAUUUAAGCCGGCAAUGACAAUAAAUGGGGUAGCCGGAUUCUUUCAGACUGAAAAGGACAUCAUGCUCUUGCUGAAACGAAGAUCCAGCAAGCAUUUCUCAAAAACAAGUCAUGCCAGACAAAUCCCAUUUCUUUUUUUGAUAGUGUUUGAUGGAUCAGGGGAAUGCUGUGGAUGUAGUGUAUCUUGAUUUCAGAAAAGGUCCCCGCGUGAUAUAUUUGUGAAGAAGCUGGAACAAUGUGGGCUGGACGAGGCAACUGUCAGGUGGGUUUGUAGCUGGUUGACUGAUUGAGCCGAAAGAGUGCUGAUGAAUGAAUGGGUUUUCCAUCCUGGGUUUUCUGAAGCUUUUAUGUUCAUGCCAUCGUCUCCUCCUCUUGUUUUUUAAUUCAGAUGGAAUUACUGAGGAAAGUGCUUCUGGUAGUUUUUGAGACCCACCAGCUGCCCAACAGUUUGUGUCAGAGCACAUCCCAUAAGGAUAGGGAAGCAAAUAUUGGGAAUAAGGGUCCCAGAUAGAUAGAUACAGGAAGGAGCCAGGCCAUGAUUUCAGCUCAGUACUGUUUAAUUGUUUGUGUUCUGGAUAGGACAAGGUGUAUUUGUGUUCACUCCUGACCUUGUCAUCAUGCAUCACAAGGGAAGCAAUGAAGAUGCAAAUAUGGGGUGUGUGUAUAUGGAGGGGGAUUUUUUCUCUCACUAAACGUUGCUGUUUUGAACGCUCAGGAAAUGCAAAUCCCCUGAUGCAAGAAUCCUAGCUUGAGAAAGGACAUCUGGAUGACAUACAAGCCAGCUUCCCAAAAAUAAAACCAUAUAAUAAAUAAAUGCAAUGCAAACUUGCGCACACCUCUCUCUGGCCAAGUGAGAAAAUGCACAGAAACAUUUGAGCCUCUUCAGGUUGCAACAAAGCUGAUGUGAGCACAUAUGGACGGGGUUUUCUCAGGCAUGGAAGCAGACAGGUCAGCUAGAAGGGAGGGAGCAGGCCCAGGUGGCCCCAACAUGUGGCCUAAAGGGGCCAGAAGGAGGCACUCCGGGAAAGCCAAAGGCCAUGAGAAGUAGGGGGCUGCCACCUCCUGCUCCCAACACUCCCAGGCAAAGCAAGCUGCCCAUCUUGAAUAGAUUAAAUUGGGAUUUUUCUGGGAGGCAAACGAGGAGAGCAGCAACAGGAAAAUCAUAAUAGGGUUCAACAUGCAAAUAACGGUAUAAUGGUGUUGCCAAAUGUGGAUGUUAUUACCCAGGGAGGGUUGUGUUUUGUUUUGUUUUGUUUUACUAUAUAAUGUUGGACGAAAUUAGUAUAAAGGCAGAGAUUCUGCAUGCACUUACCUGGAAGGUUCUGGGAAUGACUGACUUGCACACUUGUAACUGGGCUCUAACUUGAAACUCAAAAGCCUCCCCCCCCCCGCCAAUCCC